ACUCUUGUGGAAAGACGUCACAUACAUUGUGGUAUAUGAGAUUUCGCGAUUUUAGUGUUUCACCAACAAAACAAAAUACUCAAAACUUAACGUUUUGUGUUAGUGUCAUCAUUUUGAAGCAUAUGGACUGGAUUACAGUGUAUUGAGUGACAAUGCUUUAGUGAUAAACAACUUGUGUAAGUGAAAAAGAGAGACACCAGAUGAGAUUCCCAACUCUGUGACGAGAAAAAAUUACAUAUGUUGAAUCACCUUCUAAUUAUGGGAAGUGCAGAAGGACAACACGAAAAACAGAACAUACCAAUGGCUGAUACCGAUAAAAGAUCAAUUAAAAAUAUCCUCAAGAAACCAUUCCGGGUUCUAUUCCAAAAGGAAAAGAAGAAAGAAAAGAAACAAGAAGUAAAAGAAACUAAACCAAUAAACGUAACUCAAGUAUCUGAACUAUUGGAUAACUUACAGAAACUGGAAAUUAAAGAAGAUGAUGAGUUAGCAAACUUCUCUUACAAAGUUAUAAAAGAUGAAGAAAGAAAUCCAGUACGAACUGAUUCUCAUUCAUCAGAAGAUAGUGGUUAUUCAGAAAAGGCACAGGCAGAUGAGAAAGAAGAAGAAUUGAUUGAAUCAUUAAAAGAUUUGAAAGUAACAAAAGAUGAUGAAGAUAAGAGAAAGAAGAAAUUACAGACCGUAUAUAUUGUAAGAGGACCGACCAAAACUAAACUUAUUGAUAGCAGGACUUCAAUACAUCCGUAUGGUACAAGUCAGGACACUGUUGAGAGUAAAUAUAGACAGAUAAGUCAAGUCAAUAAGCAUACAUUAUCAGGUGGUCACGUGAUAACGAAAUGUACAUCAACGGAAUACCAACCAGACAUAACCACCGUAUUGAAGCAAAUAGACAAAGACGUGCAGAAUUUCCAACAAAACUCGGAGCAAGACCGAGAAAGAGAUUGGCUUGUUGCUAUGGAAUUCUUAGCAAAAACCGAAAAAACAAAUAUAUUACAAGGUUUCCCCGAAGAUGAAAUAUCCCAAGAAUUCAACGAAAUCAAAUCCUACCCAACAAAAGAACCAGAACCGAAUCCAAUUGAAGAAUUCUCAACAGCAAAUCAUGCAGCUUACGAAGAAUUCACCGAUUUAGAAUUGGCAUCUAUAACUGAUUACAUAGACAAUUCUCGAAACGACAAAUCUAUAUUCCCAACACCACCACGUUCUGAAACUAUGACCAGUCCUAUAUCAGAUGCUUAUAAUACAUUAUCACCUGAACUUUCAUCACCAUUAUAUAAUAGUGAUAAUGAAAAAUAUCAAGAUAUACAAGAGGUGAUUGAAUUCCCAAAAUGUGUGACUAGUCAUGAUUUUGAUAGAACAAAGAAGGAAAGAACAUCAACUUCUUCGAUGACAUUGAAGCAAUAUAAAGAUUUGCAGAAGGAUAUAUCUACGGAGUUCUUGAAGAAGAUUUGCUGCCAGAGUAAUAGAAAGACUUGCAGACAGAUAUUUUUAGAACAUAUGGAGAAAUUGAAGAAGGAAGAUAGGAAAGAUUUGUGCGUCAAAGUAGCAAAUUUGGAUUUGAAGACGGCGUAUGGUGUACUACACCACAUCCUGCUAAGUCUCUCCUCUAGUGACAAAGAAGAAGACGUUCAGAUGUCCCUUUUCAGCCUUAUUUGCGAAAGGGUCAUGGCGCAAAAUUCUGUGCUAUUCCUUAGCGAUUUCGGUCUAAGCCUCAUCAAGUCGUCAGCUCUACGCUGUUACAAGCGUCCUAUACUGACCAGAUAUUUGGUACACUGUGCGCGUACCGCACUCAAGUUCAACGCACCCCCGCCUGGUACUGAAUACCUGUUCCAUGAGGUUGAUGCUUUGGGUGAUAACUUGUUAAUAGCUUGUGUGAGAGCUGGUGAUAUUUGUGCGGACGUUCUUUAUGAGUUGAUGAGAAAGGAAAAUGGUGAAUUACCUCUCUUUGAUGUUCACCACACUAAUACUGAUGGUUAUACAGCUUUGCACGUAGCUUGUAGUCUUCAUAGUUCUGAAUCACCCAAACUACAUACAGUACACGUUUUGUUACAACAUGGUGACGCUGAUGUAUGGAAAGGAGACGUGAAAGGCGGUGACACAGCUGUCCACUUGGCCAUCAACUCGCCGACAUGCGAUUUGAGACUUGUCAUGAUAAUUUUCCGACACAUCGAUAGGAAAAUGUGGAAGAAACUUGCGCACGUACAGAACAGAAGUUCGGUGACACCUCUUGAAUAUGCUCGUUCUGCUAUAAAAUCUUCAACCAGACAGAAUUAUCCUCACGAAGUACUGGAAUUCUUGAAGAAAUGCCGUUGAAAUAUAUCCUUUAUAUCUAUUAAAAAUAAAGACUAAUUUACUGUGAAAUCCGACAACAUUGACUAUUGUAUUGACAUGUGGCGAUACAAGUACAAGAUAGUUGACAGUCACAGUCAAAUUGACACAUAUCUUUAAAUUUAUUUAACCCGGUGGACAUAAGUUAAACUAAAUUAUGUAAGCACACUAGCGCCACCCUCUCAAUGUCAC